UUGGCUUUUGGAUCGUGACCGUGACAACUCGACGCCGUGCCAAUGCUUUCAGUUUGUGCUUGAAAUUGGAUGGAGCCGCCAUCUUUGAAGAUGAUUUCUCCAAUCUCCUUUACCAUUACGCUUCAUCUUGCAUAACUCUUAUCUCUUUUUUCAUCCACAGAUAUUUUACCAACAUAACCCGCGCGAAGUUUCCUAGUCUUUCUCACCACACCUCAUUGCCGUUUUAUUCAAUGACGUGUGCGCUGAAUCACUGAUUCUCUGGUUGCGUAUUGUUUGUUUUGUAAGCUCGUCACAGUUGGGAGUUCGUUGUCAAGAUUUUCUCUAGAAAUCUGAUUGUGAGGUUGUGUCUUUGUUUCUGAUUCUGUUUUCUUGAUUUUUGGUUUUCCGAACCGAAAAACGUAAAUGGUUUAUUAGGAAGGAGAAUCUUGGUGUUGGGGUAAACAAAAAUGACGGACAACAACAACAUCAACAAUAAUGACGAUAAUGAGGAUGACGGAAAUAGAGAGCCGUUGCUGAAGAAACAUGGCUAUGAGAACUGUCCAGGGUGUAAGGUGGAUCGGGCCAAAGAAGUGACCCACGGCGUACCUAUAAAGCAUCUUGUCAAUAUAUGGUUGAUAACAUUGUGCAGCUCGCUGCCUAUAUCGUCUCUCUUUCCGUUCCUUUAUUUCAUGGUUAGAGAUUUUGGUAUUGCAAAAAAAGAGGCAGAUAUAAGUUCCUAUGCUGGUUAUGUGGGAUCUGCAUUCAUGUUUGGCAGAGGAUUGACAUCUGUACCAUGGGGAAUGGUGGCUGAUCAAUAUGGUCGAAAGCCUGUUGCAGUUUUGGGAAUAAUUGCAGUCGUUGUGUUCAACACUCUAUUUGGCCUUAGCACAAGUUUUUGGAUGGCUGUCACCACAAGAUUUCUUCUUGGAGGCUUAAAUGGAUUGCUUGGACCAAUGAAGGCUUAUGCUGUUGAAAUUGUUCGAGAAGAAUACCAAGCUAUAGGACUCUCAACUGUCAGUGCAGCUUGGGGCAUUGGUUUAGUCGUUGGCCCAGCAUUGGGAGGCUAUUUGGCUCAGCCAGUGGAGAAAUAUCCACAUAUAUUCUCUAAAGGUUCAUUUUUUGAUAAGUUUCCAUACUCCUUGCCCAGCUUAAUAAUAUCAGUCUUCGCACUUCUUGUGUUAGUUUCCUGCAUCUGGCUCCCGGAAACAUUGCACAAGCACAAUGAUAGCAACGAGUCCUAUCAGGAUACAGAAGCUUUUGGUAACGUAAACAUAGGAAAGAGAGUUCAGAAAGAUGAAAACAUCUUACUGAAUUGGCCCCUGAUGUCAUCCAUUAUUGUUUAUUGUGUUGUCGCCCUACAUAAUAUUGCUUAUCAAGAGGUUUUCUCAUUAUGGGCCGUCAGUCCUCUAAGGUUGGGGGGUUUGAACUUUACAACCAAUGAUGUCGGUAAUGUUCUUUCAAUAUCAGGUCUUGUUCUUUUGAUGUACCAACUUUUCCUUUUUCCUGUGGUGGAGAAAGCUUGUGGACCUAUUACACUUUCUCGCAUUUCGGGGGCUAUAACCAUACCUCUCUUGCAAAGUUACCCUUUCAUAGCAUUGCUAUCUGGCUUCACACUUCAUCUAUUGAUAACUAGUGCUUCCGUCCUCAAGUAUUGUCUCUCUCAAACCAUUAUUACUGGAUUAAUGCUUCUGCAAAACAAAGCAGUGGAACAACAUCAAAGAGGAGCAGCUAAUGGUAUUGCUAUGACUGCUAUGUCAAUAUUCAAAGCAGUUGGUCCUGCUGGAGGUGGUGCAAUAUUAGCUUGGUCCCAGAAGCGGCUAAAUGCUUCCUUUCUCCCAGGUUCUCACUUGGUGUUCUUCAUCCUGAACCUAGUAGAAGCAGUAGGACUGCUGAUGAUGUUCAAACCUUUCCUGGCUGAGAAAGAGACAACGCCAUCAAAACAGUUACAGUGAUGUCAGUAAUAACAUACGUUUCUGCUGAAGCCUUGAGCGAUGAAUGAAUGGAGCAACAUUCAUUAUAUUUGAGAUAUUUUUGUGAAGAUGAUGAUGAUGCUUUGGCUGGUUGAUGCCAGAGCAAGAUAUAAGUAAGAAAACAAACAUAACUUUGUCUUUCUCAGUCAAAAUAAGGCUUUAUUCAUACCUUCACAGACGUCUCUCCCAGAAACAAAGAACAAGAAAACUAACUAGAAAAAAAAGAAAGUGGAAGGAGCAGGAAAAUUAGAUUCUUCACCUGGGUCCUUGUGUUACAAAAAUAGCAUUAUGAGUUGUUAGGAAUUUAGCAAGUAAUUCAAGGUGUUUAACAAGUCAUGUUGAGCAUUUAAGGAAUUAAACAAAUCAUUUUAAGCAGCGAUUCACAUUUGUUUUUUCA